AUGGCAGACAACGGGCGGAUUGAGCCAGGCUCGCAUUACCCAUCAGCAGCCGACGCUGGCAACUCAAUCACUCAGCAUGGCUUUAAAAUCACUACGCGAAAGCUGCCAAUACUUAAAGCUGAGCCUAUCGAACAGAUGACGAAGAGACUGGGGAUUGCACCUCCCGAAAUGAUCUUCGGUGACAACCUGGUUUCCAUCGACCACGAAAGUGGAUGGGGACUCCAAUUCAACACCUAUGAUGCGCUGGAUCAAGUUGAUAAGACAGGAGGGUCAAUGCUUCAAGUCGCACAUUCGAGGGAAUGGCAGAGUACUCGGGAAAAGAAGCACGAGGGUAUCACGGAGGUGGUCAAGCCAUUCGACUGGUCAUAUAGCACCGACUACAAGGGCACUUUGCGUUCACAGUCACCGCUCUUUGAGAUUACAACGACACCAAUACCACUGGAGCUACUCAAACGCCCUGACCCGAUACUCUUUUUUGAUGAGAUCAUUCUCUACGAAGACGAGAUGGCAGACAAUGGCAUCACGAUGUACUCGUGCAAGAUCAGGGUCAUGCCAGCGCGGUUGCUCCUUCUCUGUCGCUUCUUUAUGCGUCUAGACAACGUAUUGCUCAGGAUCAGGGACACCAGAGUAUAUGUCGACUUUGGGACGGGAGAGGUGAUCAGGGAGUAUGUUGCGAAAGAGGAGAAGUACGAGGUGGUUAGGCAGAAACUUGCAUCGAGAGGCCAAGAUGUGCCAGCGCAGCUACGAGAUCCAAACAACAUAAAUGAUCUGCUACCCAUUGUGGAUAAAUCACUCGAGCGCCUGGUAAUCAGGUAG